UUUCCUUUUCUUCUCUCUCCAUGGAAAUCGAUAGACCCUAACGAUGACGUUUUUCCCAUCCUUCGUUUUCACCGCUUGCUUCAUUGCUUCACUCGCCGUCUCCCGCACUGGCGCCAAGAAGAUUCCAUCCACCUUGGAUGGCCCCUUCGUCCCCGUCACUGUUCCUUACGACGUCAGCCUCCGAGGCAACGCCGUUGAUCUGCCCGGUACCGACCCUCGCGUCCGCCGCCGCGUCCAGGGUUUCCAGCCAGAGCAGAUUUCCGUCUCUCUUUCUUACACUUACGACUCUGUUUGGAUCUCGUGGGUAACAGGGGAAUACCAAAUUGGUGACAACAUAAAGCCAUUAGACCCAAAAACUGUGGCCAGUGUUGUCCGCUAUGGUUUUUCAAGAUUUCCAUUAAGCCAUGAUGCCACUGGUUAUUCUAUGGUCUACAACCAGCUUUACCCCUUCGAAGGCCUUCAGAAUUAUACUUCUGGAAUCAUCCACCAUGUUCGUCUAACUGGACUGAAACCCAACACACGAUAUUAUUAUCGGUGUGGAGAUCCUUCUAUACCAGCAAUGAGCAAUAUCUAUCACUUCCAGACCAUGCCAGUCUCUGGUCCAAGAAGCUAUCCACACAGAAUAGCAGUUGUGGGUGAUCUUGGACUCACCUAUAAUACAACAGACACAAUCAGUCAUUUGAUGAAGAAUGAUCCUAAUUUAGUUUUACUGGUUGGUGAUGUUACUUAUGCAAACCUAUACCUCACAAAUGGAACUGGCUCAGACUGUUAUUCUUGCUUGUUUCCGGAUGCUCCAAUACAUGAGACCUAUCAGCCUCGUUGGGAUUAUUGGGGAAGGUUUAUGGAGAGUUUGGUUUCUAAAGUUCCAAUCAUGGUUAUAGAAGGGAACCAUGAAAUAGAGGAGCAAGCUGGAAAGCAGGCAUUUGUAGCUUACAGUUCUAGGUUUGCAUUUCCAUCAAAAGAAAGUGGAUCUUCGUCCACACGUUACUACUCCUUCAAUGCCGGGGGGAUACAUUUUGUCAUGCUUGGAGCUUACAUUGCUUACAGUAAAUCAGCGGAGCAAUACAAGUGGCUUGAAAGGGAUUUGGCUGAAGUUGACAGAUCCAUAACACCAUGGCUGGUGGCUGUCUGGCACCCACCAUGGUACAGUACUUAUAAAGCUCACUAUAGAGAAGUAGAAUGUAUGAGGGUGGAAAUGGAGGAAUUACUAUAUUCUUACAGUGUUGACAUUGUCUUCAAUGGACAUGUUCAUGCCUAUGAGAGGUCAAACCGAGUCUAUAAUUACUCAUUAAAUCCAUGUGGUCCUGUAUAUCUCACUGUUGGAGAUGGAGGUAACCGCGAAAAGAUGGCAAUUGAACAUGCUGAUGAACCUGGCAAGUGUCCAGAGCCAUCAACUACGCCUGAUACAUACAUGGGUGGAUUUUGUGCAUUGAACUUCACAACUGGUCCAGCAGCAGGCAAGUUCUGUUGGGAUCGGCAACCUGAAUACAGUGCCUUCAGAGAAAGUAGUUUUGGCCAUGGGAUAUUAGAGGUUAAGAAUGAAACAUGGGCAUUGUGGACAUGGUAUCGGAACCAGGACUCUCAGAGUGAAGUAGGGGAUCAAAUUUACAUAGUGAGACAACCUGGUAUCUGUCCUGUACAUAAGGCACUACCAGCUAGCUGGUUUGCAUACCGUUAAGCUGGAUUUUCUAGUGAUUUGACAGUGGAAAAAAUAGAAAAGUUCAGAUUUUGAGGUGUAUGAUAGGUUUGUUUUUGUUUGGCCAACAAGGUGUAUGAUGGUUAGGUAAGGAAUACAUACACAUUUUCCCUUUGAUUGUAGGGGGCCUUUCCCAGUCCAACAAAGAUCCACUCGGUUCCGCCCCCUUCCCUCCUUACCCUUUUAUGUUGUAAGUUUACAAAUGUUGUGAAAGAGCCCGACUUCCUUGCUGAUGUUGUUGACAAUUCUUAAAGAAAGAAAUUGGAACGGUUUGCUGGUGUAAUAAUAGAGGUGCUUGAAUAAGAAUGGGACAUUCAU